AGGCGCGCCGAUUUUCAGAUUCUCUGACAGAUUCCGGAACGGAGCGACGCGCAGAUCGUAGACGAGAGUACGCGGGGCGGAGAGGAGAUCCGGGAGGGGCAGAAGGAAGAGGAUAUUGAUCCGGAGUAGGCAUGCGCGUACACCGUCAUCUCCUCUUUCCACCCUGCAGCGGCGGUGGCCGAGGUAAGUGACAAUGGAACAUGCGUCGCGUCGGCCAGUACUUCUUCAGAGGUCCACGUCGCGCCGCGGCAAUUAAGGGUAACUCGCUCCCGGUGAGCCUAGGUCGAGGAAGCAGCCCCCUCCGAGGGCGUGUCGAGUCCGAAGCAGCCGCCGCACUCCUCUUCUCAUGCCGGGUCGUCGAACUAUGCUGAUCCGUCGCGAAUCGGCGCAGGAUCGGCGACGGCGGACGUAACCGGGAAGAGGCAGCGACACGUAACGAGGAGGGUUUCAUUCAGCGACGGUGAUUUCACGGUGUGGCAGACACACGUAUAUAUACGUACGCGUUUAUAUAUGUGUACGUAUUGUAAUUGAGUAGAUGUGUAUAUAAUAUAUAGUCCGCCGCACAUCGGUGGGGCAUCGUCAUUCGGCAGCGCACAUGCCUUGUUAACGCUGGCUGAGAGGCCAGACCGCAGUUGGCUGACAAGUGAAAAAAAAAAAACGUCGAGUUGUGCUGAUUGUAAAGAAAAACUAAUAGAAAACUACUAAAGGACAACUAGAACUAGAAGAGUCAUCAUGUCCGAUUUGGAUGAUGAAACUGAUACUUCGUGCGGGGAGGAGCAAAUUGUCUCGGAUUGGGAGGUCCAAAAGGAGUGGCUCGAGAGCAUAUUGUCGAAGUACCACGAUGGAAAAGCGGUCGAAGUAUUGAAGUUUAAUGUAAGCCCCGGAUGUACGACCAGCGAGAGCGUGUUGAGCGCUAUCACCAGCGUUACAGGGAAUUAUUUGUUAGCACCGACGACGGAUCCAACGAAUAAACCGUCAGAUAAGCGCAGACUGUCCAUUAUUAUAAAACAACUUCCUAGAGAUCCGUUUAGCCGAUUCUUCGUGACGGAAGGUCAAUUCGACCUCCGAGAGAUUAAGUUUUAUACACAGGUGAUGCCAGAUGUGAAAGAAUUUAAUCGAAGACAGCUAGGACCGAGUCCGGAGGAACCGAUUAUACUACCGGUUCCGGAAUGCUAUCACGCUCAUUACAGUCCUGCAGGCGGAACUGACGACAGUCCAGUGCCGCCGGAAUCGAUCCUAGUGUUGGACGACUUGGGAGCUUCGCGCUUUGAGAGCGUCAAGUUCUCGGAAGGGCUGACGUUGGACCAAGCGACGGUCGCGUUGGACGCCAUCGCCCGUAUACACGCUCAUUCCCUAUCGAUAAAAGUCGUAGACGGGGAAUCUCUAUCCGAGCGUUAUCCGUUCCUUUUCCAAACGGCAAAAGCAACAGAUUCGUAUCAGCAAUUGGUGGAGCGCGGUUUACCACAGCUGGCGCACUUUCUCGAGAGCAGACCUGGAUUAGAAGCGGUCCUCGAGACACUCCUGAUUCUACGACCCCGUACCAAAGAUAUCAUCUCGGCUCUUCUCGCUCCCGAGGGUCCACUGGCGUUGAUAACUCACACUGACUUCUGGAGCAAUAAUCUACUCUUCAGGGACACCUGCGGAAGUGCGGAAUGCUACAUUCUCGAUUGGCAGAUGGUUACUUACAGUCGACCGACGAACGAUGUCGCAUUGUUGUUGGUGAGUUCGGUGCCCACCGAGUUGCGCCGCAAACACACUGAAUCGCUUUUGAACACUUACUGGGACAAGCUGAAUUGGACGUGCUCGCGGCUCGGCCUAAAUAUUCCCAAAGACUUGGGUUACACCAGAGAGGAUCUUGACAAGGAUUACAGAAAGUCACAAUUGCUGGCGCUUUUACUUUGUAUCGGAUCGGUGGACGUCGCGCUCGGUGAUCCUCUCACGGAGCAACGACUGAUUGAUGUCCUUGAAGAUUUAUACAAUGAUGGGGUACUGACAGAUGAAGCUAUCGUUGCGACGAACGUAGCCGAUUCAUAAUCACCGCUGCCACCAUUAACACUAGCGUAUGCACCGAAGAAUUAAUAUUUCUAUCAGGGCUGUGACUCGAAGCGAAGAGUUUCACAUGAAGCAAUAGAUACUUCAAUAGCCCAUGUAUGUAGAAGAUGCAAUCUUUGUGUUUCCGAAGGAGGUUUAAGCCAGCAAUAACGCGGGCGACGAAGAAGAUAGUUGCAAAAGGGCACGUCGGAAGAAUAUAAUGGAUUAGAAACUUGCGCUAUUCUCUCGGUUUCUUCUCUUUGCGACGAGAUUACUAUAGACAAGCAGGACAAACGAAUUAAUCAAGAUCAAACGAUGCUUCAACAGUACUAAAUGUCUCGAUUAUACAUUAGUGUAAGCUUUGACAACUUAUCGAUUAUUACUCUUAAAAGUUACAAUGAUAUUUUAACUACUAGUGCAAAGUUCACCUGCAAUUUGAUGAAAGUAAAGAUAAAUACGGAAGCAAAUUCUACGAGAAACUACGUUAUAAAAUUAUUGAUUUCUUAUCAAUAAGUAUCAAUUUUUACUGUAUGAAUUUUUUCACAUUCAAUUUUCUGCUCAUACAGAAAUUGCUGAUGGACGUUACGCUGUGCCAAGUCAUUAAAGAUUUAGGCAAGUAGUUGUGAUACAAUUACGAAGAUGAAAUCAAUUAGAUUUGUGAUUAUAAUGUUAUAGAACAUGCAACACAGUUGUAGAGUAUGUUCGAAAUGUACAUGAAACAUAAAAGUUAUGUUCCAUCUGCCCGAAUACGUCCCGUGAUAAACUUCUUCCGACAAUUAUUUCAGCGAGAACGCGCUGUUUUGUUAACGCUAUAUACAAUUAUUGUAUUAUCCAUUUUCUCUGUAUAAACUAUAUGGAUAAAAUAUACCUUGAUGUUAUCACGAAUA